AACAGGCCUCUGCAUUUGGGCACAAGGGUGUCGUUGAAGUUUUGCUGGAAGCUGGCGUUGAUGUCAACCUCGCUGACUACAGCAAUCAAACGGCACUUCACUGUGCGGCGGGGUAUGCACAUCGUGAUGUAGUGGAGCUUUUAUACGAACAAGGCAUCAAUGCCACGUCUCAGGACGUUGAGGGACGGACUGCCCUACACUACGCAGCGGGUUCCGGGUGUCAGGAAAUCUUGAUCAAGAUCUUAGAAAACGAUAAUCAAGGGGUGCUCUUGGAGAUGAAGGACCAGAAUGGACAGACUCCGCUAUACUUUGCAGUUAAAAAGGGCUGCCCAGCAGCCGUGGAAGAAAUCCUUCGUCAGCAAGGAAACCCAGAUGUGAAAGACAAACACGGACGAACACCACUUCAUUUCGCGGCCGGAUGUGGUUCAUUAGAGAUUGUUGACCUUCUGUUACCACAUUCAGUGGACGAUGUUGCAGAGGACAAUGGGAUCAUCAAUGCACGGGACAAAGAAAACGGAUGGACACCUUUGCAUUUUGCAGUCAGAGGGAAACGGGAUGGCGGAAAUUAUGCAGAAGUCACUAAAGCACUGCUUGAUGCUGGUGCAGACCCCAUGAAGAGGGAUAAACAUGCCGGGCCACCGCUCUCU